UAUAACACCAGCAGUGAAAUUCGUUAUAAAUAGUGAUUAUUCUGGCUUACAAGCAUUCAAAAUCGUGCCUUUUGUGUUCCGGUGCUUCCUGUUGGUAGGAAUGUUUUCAUCCGGAAGUGAAAACUCAAAUCCCGGUAACGGCAAAGGUAGCCGGACGAAACCGAGGAUGUCUUUCUCGGCCCAACUGGAACUGAUACAGAAGAGCUUCGCGGAAAAGGGUAGUGCCGUGGAAAGCCUCCGGAAGUUACGGGAUCUAAUCGAAGGCAUACCGAAACAAACGGAUCGGGAAAAAGGAGCGGUUUAUGCGUUCAAAGAUCUGUUGACGGUCUUCGGGGAGUUGGAGGAUGGUGAUAGGAAGGAGGACGAACUGCAUUUGCAGGCAUUGCUGGAAGCACUGAGGUACCUGAUUGGAGUGUGUCGCGAGGCGGUGGAUGGAAUUCGAUGCCACUUUGUUCUUAGAAUUUAUAAUUUGGUGGUGAAGUUCAGUGGUACGGUGGAUAAACGACACAUAUUAGUGCAAUGCGCUUGCUUGCUGGAAGAUUGCCAUUGGGCGGAAGAGCACACGGAGCUAUUGCUAAGGGUGAGCCGGGUGGUGCUCAAGGCGAUAUACGAUGCACAUACCAAGAAGCAAACGGAUCAGCAAAAGUUGAUCUUGUCUGGAUUGGAUGUGAUCUGCUCCACCACAAUUCGAUUGUUGCGGCAUUGGUCCGAGUCUGACGAGUUGGCGAUCCGGGCGAAAGCAGUAGGGAUCUACAACGAUGUGUUCGAUAAUUCAACGGCGUUGCUGUAUCGGCUAUUCAGUGUGGAUCAGAAGCGGGCAGCGAAAUUUUUCGCAUCAGUGAUAGACGUCUUCGGAACGAAGACGAAGUUUAGCGAGAUGGAAAUGGCAGAAUUGUUCCACAAGAGUUUGCCUUAUUUGGAAAUAAUUCUCAGCUUGGGUGAGGCUUCCAAGCAGUACAUACAAUUCGUGGAGAUUCUUAGUAUUUUCGAAAGAAUAGAAUCCGAGCCAACGGCAAGUUCCGUUUGGAUUUUGAGGAAGUAUCUCAACUUUCAAAACAGCUCAGUUCUGGAUAUGAAAACGCUGGAAUCCCUAUCAGAGAAAUUGAAAAUCCUCAGUGGGAAAUCCCCUCCGGAUCAGCUUUUGGUAGAAAUCGUUAUAUUCAUCACACUUCAACUGCGGAUACAUUUGGAUCAAAUUAAGCAGCAGGCUUCGGAGUUAGCCGAGCCGAUCAUUGAAUUGUGUAAAUCGUUGGUCAAAUUCAGUAAAUACUGCCCCAGGAAUCAUGCCCAGAUUUGCUCCCGCUGUGGAAGCUCCAGUCGGCAUUUUGUGGAUUACAUUUCAACGAUGGUUAUAAACUUGGCGAUGACCAUGUCCAAGGCCGGACAGGAAAUCAGUCCAGAACUGGUCGGAUUGGUCAAUGGAUUUCUGAGGCAUAAAAUGCUAACGCUGGACGAUUUGGGAUGCGAAAAGAAGCAAUCGCUCCUGGACUCCGGGUUGCGAUUUUUGGUCAAUUGGAUACGGGUUGCUGUGCAGCUAGUCCCCGGAAAGGAAAUGCUGGACCUUGCUCGGUUGGUCGUCGACUUCAAGUACAAAUACGGAUUCGAUUUUCUAACGGAUAGUUAUUUGAUAAGACUGGUGGAGAACUGCCUAAAGGAUGCCGGAGUCUGCUCGGCUGCAAUUGAUAUUAAAUUGGUAAAACUAUUGGCAGCGCUUCGAGAUGGUGCUGACGACUCCAAAGACGUGGACGAAACAAUUUAUGCGAUUGUGAACUUUCAACUAAGCACCAAUAACGAACCAAUUCGCGAUCUGAACAUCGUCGAGCUGAUCGAACGCCCCGAAAUGGAUAGAUUUGGAUUCCCGAUCGAUCCGACCUUGACUCGACAGGAGAAAGCUUCGAUUUUACUGGUAGAAAUUAACUUGGCGUCGCGUUAUAAGAAUUCAAAUGUCCUUCAGUAUUUCCAGCUGCUUCAGGACCUAAAGGCUGACCCCCUGCGUCUUGGGAUGGUAAUCUAUCUCCUGCAGGACGGUGGAUUUCCCCAACUUUCCCAAUCAGACGUGGAAGUGUUGAAAACGAAAAUUCUCCAUACACGCCCCAAGAAUCCUGCAGACAAGGUGCGACGACACGGAGCCCUGGGUCUUUUGAGCUACUACGCUUUCAGUGCGACUUCCAAGGCCACCAUUAACAAGCUAAAAGAAGCCCAACUGAACCGGGAGACCAUAAAAAACGACCAGAUCAACAAUGUGCUCAAAGAGAACACCAUGGAGCAUGAACUGAUCUUGUUGACACAGCUCGAAGACACCUACACAAACUUCCGGGAAAUGGUUUCCGUCCUGGCGGAAUCCUCCUUCCAGCACUUCGGUCUGAUCUAUUCCCUCAACCAGAUAUCAUCCAUGUUGGACAACACCUGCCGCUUCUUCGUAAUCAACUACUAUCCUCAACGGGCCGUUGAAACUCAACUGCUCAACUACCUACUGGUAUGCCGAAAACCGGAUCGAAUCCUAGAACUCUGCUGCUCCCUCGGAUUCAUCAUUGAAAAUCACCAAAUUUACAACCACCUACUCAGCAACCGCCACUACAAUAAACCCUGGGUCCCCACGCUCCAAGCUCUCGUUGAAAAAGCAACUGAAAUUAUGAACACUCACCAGAAAAACUUCUCCGCAAUCCCCGAAUCUCGAAAGUACCACUUUCUCAAUCUGUACCUGUCCCUUUCGCAGUAUGAAGCAUCACGCCAAAACCUAACAAACUCCAUCGUUCACCUUCAAAACCUAACCAGUUUGCUGGAUAAGUGCCCACCAUCCUGUCCCAUCACCUCCAUCGCCCGUGGCCGCAUCUACCACACCCUGUUCCGACUGGUCACCAUCUACAACCUCCCAACGCCGCGGGGGAUGUCCCCGCGAAAUUUUAUCCGUCUGAUGCUGGCCCACUACAACGAAAUGCAAAAACUGCCGGCCGAACACGGAUUCAUCGUGUCCACCAGCACCCUGGAGAUGACGGUCGAAACGUUGCACUUCCUGACGCUCCGGUACGACACCGAUCGGUUGGAGGCCCACGUCGAACAGCUGAUGAGAUUUGUGCUACGGCGCGGUGCCGGCCUGAGGGCGAUGCAGCUGAUGACGCUAUACGCGGCGAUGAGUGCCGACAGCGAGAAGGAGGACAAGUGUCGGAUGCUACUCACCUACCUAGAUCGUCUGUUGAUGUUCCGCCCACUGGAAAAGGAUGGCAAAAAUCUCCCGAAAGAAUCAACCCCAACUAUGACGCUGGAGGUCCCGCUCAUCUCCCUGUCGGACGAUCCCAACUCCCAGGAUCCAACUCGAAAGGCCGUGAAAUACGUUAAAUCUCCGACCAAGCGCAGUCCUUCCCCUCGGCUAUUCCCCGAUCAAGCGGUCGACUGCCACCAGUACCUGAUCGAACAUCACACCGGAUGCAGCUGCCAGUUCUGCCGUUAUCCUCAGUACAAAUGUCAAGCCCUAUUGGUAGCGGUUAGCUACGCCCGGUUGGCUUUCAUCAAAGGUCAAUCAAGCCGCUGUCAAGAGAUUUACGAAACCUUGGCCGAACACUGGCGCCUCCGGAAGAAGGACUUCCAAGAUUCCUGUCUUAUUGGACAGAGAGAUGAAUUUACAGCGCUUGUCGCGCGGGCCUUCUUGUGCUAUGGGCACUUUCUAACCAAGAUAGGACAACCGGAGCAGGCCCGCCGAGAGUAUGAUAAAAGUCUGGAAAUACUGAAGGAUGUUCCUCAUGUAGAUUUGGGUCUCAUCGAGGAAGUGCAGAUGAACCUAGAAACGCUGGAAGAUUUGCGAUCGUUCAAUGAGCCUGGCAAGGUCGAAAGUAAGUUUUCCAACUUCGAGGAUUUUGUUAGGGAAAAUCCUCGGGUCCAUGCGUUGCCAUCGGUGGAACUCGGUAGGAUUUGUUCAUUCACGCCGAAAGUGGGAACGACCAGACUCAUUCCCAAGACGGCUAGCCGGGCGGACGAUUUGCUGAAACAGGUUGCUCGAAAGCGAUUGAAAACUACCCUAGCCAAAGAUUACUCCAAGGAAUCGGAGUUGAUAAGUGCCAUGUCGGGAUUAUCCUGCGCCUCGGAGAGGAAACCCAAAACGGUCAACGUUUUCGUAGACACACCGGAGAAACCUGCCGUCCCGCAGGGAAAGAAGAAACUUUUCACCCAGGAAACAAGCUCGGAAGACUCCCCAAAAAAGCGAGGCCGGCGGAAGAAGGCAGAGGGUGAAACACCGGCAGCCCCGAAAUCCACACGCAAGAAGCGAAUCCCCUUGAGUCCUUCGCUCAAAACGUCCUCUUCCAAUGAAUCAUUCAAAGACAUUCUAGCUAAAUGCAGUACCCCCGUCUCGAAAAUCGUUUCAUACGGAAACAAAGGUCGUACGACCGCUAGCAAGCGGCCAAAAAUUACUUCCGCCUUUCCAAAACUGCCCGACGGAGAAUCCGGAUCUCCGGAAAUGGUCCAGAACCAUUCUUUCAACAGUUCCUUUCGGGAUGUGCUAAUGCAAUCGCUAACCGAGGAUGCCUCGAAACGCGUCGCCAAGGAUUCCAGCGUGAUCAUCCUGGACGAUUCGGAACCGGAUAUCGUAAAUACCAGCCUAGCACAGAACCAUUCGGUUGACACAAGCAAUGGGUGUCUUUCGUUGAAAAAGUAUUCCAACCGUAAGGUUGCCAGCACAAGGACCAAGCUUAUCGCCAAGACGCGGUUGCAAUUCGAUACAUCGGCAGUGAUCGACAUAACGACACCGGAUCAAUCGCCGUGCAUUGUGCGUGGGGUGGGUUCGUCUGGCGGAGGUGGUGGGAUAGUGGAAGUCGUCAAGAGAACUAGAGGGCGCCCACGAGGGUGUAGGACGGCGGCCAGUAGCAGUAGUAAAACAUCGACGACGACGGAGGUUACUCCGGAAACGAGUGAGGUACCCGCGCCAAAAACAACAAGGAAGAAGGUAAGAGGACGAAAGGGAGAGUGAUGGACCAGCUGGACGAAAUUUGUAUGU